GGCUCGAGCGAGGCCCAGGGCUUCAGCGCCAUCGCGCUCUGCCCGUCGAAGCGCUUCAUCGCCGUCGCGGAGAAGGCGGACCGCGCGUCGAUCGUCGUCUACGAUUUGCGGACGCUGCGGAAGCGGAAGAACCUGAGCCAGCCCGACGCGUCGUGCUCGCGCUACGCGAACAUCUGCUUCAGCCAGGACAACGAGACCCUGGUGGCCAUCACGGGCGACGGCGCGACGCCGAGCCUCGUGACGUGGCGCUGGGCCAAGGGCAAGGUGUCGGCGACGGCCGCGCUCCAGGAGGGCGCGCCGGGCUCCGUCUACUUCGAGUGCCUCUUCUCGCCGCUGGACUCCAUCAUCACGGCCUGCUCGACGUCGGGCCUCUACUUCGCGCGCGCGUCGCCGGAGGAGCUCCGGUUCAUGCCCUCCACCCAAGUCGACCUCGGCGAGGGCUCGGAGCUCACGUGCCACUGCUGGCUCAAGCAGGCGGAGAACUACUGCCUCGCGGGCACGGCGACGGGCGACCUCGUGCUCUACCAGUCCUGCAAGUACAGCUGCCACCUGUCGACCGCGCUCGAGGACCGCGGCGUCACGGCGCUCGCGGCGAUCACGCAGGGCUUCGUCGCGGGCUCGAGCGUGGGCAGCUUCCACCUCUUCGGCAUCAGCAACGAGAGCGACCCCCGCGACUCCUUCUUCGAGACCCACACCUUCGCCCUCGACGGCACCGCGCGCGCGAUCGUCGCCAUCGCGCUCAAGCCGUCCGAGGACGAGAUGUGCGCGGUGUCGAGCGACCAGCAGCUCUACGGCGUCGCCCUCACGAAAGCCGGCGCCGUCAAGAACGACGACGUGAAGCCCCUGCUGGGCCUCUUCCACGGGCCGGGCGCCAUCACGGGGCUCGACGUCUGCGUGCGGAAGCCGCUCGUGGUGACGUGCGGCCUCGACCGGUCCAUCCGCGUCUGGAACUACCUGGACCACCACCUCGAGCUCGUCAAGCACUUUAGCGAGGACCCCUACUCCAUCAGUCUGCACCCGUCCGGCCUCCACAUCAUCGUCGGCUUCUCCGACAAGCUCCGGCUGCUGAAUUUGCUCAUGGACGAUUUACGGAUCUACCGCGAGGUGCCCAUCAAGCUCUGCCGCGAGUGCUGCUUCUCCAACGGCGGCCAGUACUUCGCGGCGGUGAACGGCAACAUCAUCAUGGUCUUCGACUUCUACGCGUGCGAGAAGAUCAUCGACCUGCGCGGCCACAACUCGAAGGUCCGGUCGCUGUACUGGGGCGCGGACGACGCGACGCUCAUCUCCUGCGGCCAGGACGGCGCCGUCUACCAGUGGGACUGGGCCGACGGCAAGCGGUCCGGCGAGUUCGUCCAGAAGGGCACGGUCUACAACUGCGCGCUCGGCACGUCCGAGUCCGUCUUCGCGGUCGGCUCAGACCACAUGAUGAAGGAGCUCGAGGUGCCGGACCUCCAGCCCGUCAAGCAGCUCGACGGCGGCAUUACAUUAGGGCAGAUCGUCCUGUCCCACGCGGAGCACAUGAUGUUCGCGGGCACGUCCGAGGACGGGCGGCCGGGCUGCGUCCGCGCGUACUCGUUUCCGCUGACGGGCGACUUCCUGGAGUACUCGUGCCUCGGCGCGCCCGUGACGCGCAUGCGCAUCAGCCACGACGACAUGUAUUUGAUCGUGGCCGGCGAGGACGGGAGCGUCUGCGUCUUCGACGUCCGCGACCGCCAGGACCGGAGCAACCGGAGCGGCCUCGCGCCCGCGGCCAUGCCCUGGUCCGAGGAGAUCCUGGUGACCAAGUCGGACCUCGAGGAGAAGAAUCUGGCCAUGCAGGAGCUGCGCAACAAGAUCGAGGAGCUCCAGCUCCACAACGAGUACCAACUACGGUUGAAGGACAUGUCCUAUUCCGAGAAGAUCAAGGAGGUCACGGAGAAGUACAUGCAGGACCUCGAGCAGGAGAAGAACAAGUACGAGCUGCUGCGCGAGGAGAAGAACGACAUCGAGAUGGAGUGCGAGGAGCGCCACCGCCAGAUGGAGGACAAGCACCACCACGAGCUCCAGGAGCUCGAGAACACGUACCAGCAGAAGAUCAUGCUCGAGGUCGAGCGCUACCAGCAGCUCGCCCACGAGCGGUCCCUGCAGCAGCAGCGCUGGGACGAGCAGCAGCAGCUGCUGAAGCAGACGCACGAGGGCUACGUGUCCGAGCUCACGGACGACUUCGAGCAGAAGCUCGAGGAGGACCGCCAGAUCCGGCUCCAGCUCGAGGACGAGAAGUCGGAGCUCCACCGCGAGUUCGAGGAGUCGAAGGCCCAGCUCGAGGACGACAUCGACACGGAGAUCCAGAACCUGCGGCACCGCUACGACACGCAGCUCGCGGCCGAGCGCGAGGCGACGCUCCGCUACAAGGGCGAGAACGGCAUCAUGAAGAAGAAGUUCACCGUGCUGACCAAGGACAUCGAGGACCAGAAGGAGGAGAUCAAGAGCCUGCUGGGCAAGGAGAAGGAGCUCCAGGAGCAGAUCAAGAAGCUCGAGCGCGAGAUCUCCGCGCACAAGACGGAGAUCAAGCGCCGCGACGACACCAUCGGCGCCAAGGAGAAGAAGAUCUACGAGCUCAAGAAGAAGAACCAGGAGCUCGAGAAGUUCAAGUUCGUCCUCGACUACAAGAUCAAGGAGCUCAAGCGCCAGAUCGAGCCGCGCGAGACGGAGAUCGGCAACAUGAAGGCGCAGAUCAAGGCCAUGGACCACGAGCUCGAGCAGUACCACAAGUCCAACGCCCAGCUCGACCUCAUGAUCGGCGAGCUGCGCAAGAAGCUCGACGACAUGCAGCGGGAGAUUCUAGAGCAGCGGAAGCGCAUCUGCGACCAGCAGGCGAACAUCCGCCGCUUCAAGGGCGAGCUCUACAAGUGCGCCCAGUUCAUCCAGGACCCGGAGCAGCUCCGGUCCUCCGUGGAGGCGCUCCACAAGCAGCACGAGCCUUCCGGCGACGAGACCUACGACGAGCUCGACGCGGACGUCAUGGGCGAGUACAAGCGCCACGAGGAGUGCCUCAAGCGGUCCCUCGCGGCGCUCCAGGGCCAGUACUCCAAGGACAUGGUCGAGCACAACGCGGAGAACAUGCGCAUCAUG